UAUAUAUAUAUCGUUAUCUUCCUCAAUAUUUACAACAUAUUUCAAUGACAGUCGCCGCAUGCGUGAAGAGGAUGCAGUACUUCCUGCUCAGACGGUCCACACAGCAGUUAGCAGCUCGCCGAGCCAGGCCAUAGCGGCGGCCGGUGCAUCCUCAGCUUCCAGCCAUGGCGUUGGUCACUCUGCAGCGGUCCCCGACCCCGAGUGCUGCGUCCAGCGCCAGCACGACCGCCACGACCGGUGGGGAGGACUUCGGGAGUGAAGAUGAGCGGCGAGUUAAUCAAAGCCUCAGUGAGAGUUUCUUCAUGGUGAAGGGCGCUGCACUUUUCCUGCAGCAGGGCAGCAGUCAGCAGAGCCAAAAGGUGCAUCCACAUCACAAACAUGCAGGUGACUUGCCUCAACAUCUGCAAGUGAUGAUUAAUAUCCUUCGCUCAGAGGACCGGAUAAAACUGGCGGUACGGCUAGAGAGUGCUUGGUCAGAUCGCGUGCGCUACAUGGUAGUUCUUUACACCAGUGGGCGACAAGACACUGAAGAGAACAUUCUUCUCGGAAUUGACUUCACUAGCAAAGACUGCAAAAGCUGUUCCAUUGGCAUGGUGCUUCCUCUUUGGAGUGACACAAAAAUUCAUCUGGAUGGAGACGGAGGCUUUACAGUGAACACGGCGGGCCGGACACACGUCUUCAAACCUGUGUCAGUGCAGGCUAUGUGGUCUGCCCUCCAGGUGCUGCACAAAGCAUGUGAAGUGUCACGCAGGUAUAACUACUUCCCUGGGGGCAUGGCACUCACAUGGAUGGGCUACUACGAAAGUUGCAUAGCCUCUGAGCAGAGUUGCAUCAACGAGUGGAACGCCAUGAAAGACCUUGAGACCACACGGCCGGAUUCACCCACCAUGUUUGUCGACAAACCUUCAGAGCGAGAGAGGACAGAGUGCCUUAUUAAAGCCAAACUCAGAAGCAUCAUGACAUGCCAGGACCUGGAGAAUGUCACAUGCAAGCAGAUCCGAACAGAGCUGGAGCAACACAUGAGCUGCAACCUUAAGGAGUACAAAGAGUUCAUCGACAAUGAGAUGUUGUUGAUUCUGGGCCAGAUGGACAAAGCCACGCUCAUCUUCGACCAUGUGUACCUGGGCUCCGAAUGGAACGCUUCUAAUUUGGAGGAACUGCAAGAGACGGGUGUUGGCUUCAUACUGAACGUCACCAGGGAGAUAGACAACUUCUUUCCUGGAACAUUCAGUUAUCACAACAUCCGUGUUUACGAUGAAGACGCCACUGACCUGCUGGCUCACUGGAACGACACAUACAACUUCAUUGUCAAAGCAAAAAAGAACCAGUCCAAGUGUCUCGUUCAUUGUAAGAUGGGUGUCAGCCGAUCUGCCUCCACAGUCAUCGCCUACGCCAUGAAGGAGUACGGAUGGUCUUUAGAGAAAGCAUACAAGUUUGUCAAGGAAAAAAGGAGCAUUACACGACCUAACCCUGGCUUCAUGAAGCAGUUGGCGGAGUAUGAGGGAAUACUUGAUGCCAGUAAUCAACGACACAACAAGCUUUGGCAUCCUGAUGGAGACUGUGAGAUGGCAGAGGGGCAACCCCAGUGUUGUGGUGGCGUAGAAGGAGACCACCCCACCCCAGAGCCUGGCAUGUCGCCAUGCUGUGAAGAAGCCCUGUCUGAUAAAGCUGCCAAAUGCCCCUCACCCUGCCGGGCGGUGUCUUUGGAAAUAGACCCGGCCUACAACAACUAUUAUUUCCGACGUCUCUCUGACUCGGCGCUGGACAGUGAGCCAUCCACUCCUGUGCGAGGACCCCCUCUCUUGGGCAUGGAGAAAGUCUUCAUCGAGAUUGAGGAUGUUGAGCGUGAUGCUUUAUUAGAUGAUGAGGCUUUUGACGGCCACGACGGUCUGCCAAUUCCUGCCUUCGGGCCCGCAGCAGAGGGCACGGCUGCCCAGACCAGCAGCCGUGGUCCUGAAGCCAUGGAGGAGCUGCGACUGAGGCUCGAAUUUAGUACUGUCGUGGAAGAGGAUGAAGAGGAGGCCCGAAAGGAGGAAGCAGAGAUGGAGGUCUUGAUGCAGCCGGAUGACGGCGGUGGUGGCGAGGGAGGCAACCUGGUCGAUGCACAAGAUGUUGACGUAGAAGGAGAUGCUGAGAGCAACGGGAUGGAUCUUGCAACACUGAAUGAAAAUUCCAACAAUAACAACCACUUUGACUCUCUCCACCACCUCAGUGGGAUCAUGUCUUCUCUCUCUGCUGCUCAGUCUUUGGAUUCCAGAAGCAGUUCAAAGAAAGACUCUUUGACUUUGGUCUCCAAGCAUUGCCUUAACUCCAGCACCCACAGCAUUCCAAGUGCUUCAGUCCGACUAUCCCAUUCUCCACCUGAAGGCCUCAAGUGUCCAGCUGCUCGGCAGAGUCACUGUGAACCGCAGAGUGACUGUCAGAGCUGCCCGGCUCUCAUGCCAUCAAUGCAACCUGGUGAAGGAGUUCCGCUGCUCUCCAGUGAAAAGAACAACAAUGUCUUACUAGAGAUCUCCACUGAAAACCAGCCUGUAGAUUGUUCUGCUGCUGUCGCUGGAUUGUUGAGCAUGACGGAGGGUGAGCCAGUGGCGUGCUACAUGGGCCAGAAACAGGACACAGCAGAACUGCAAAGCUCUGGUCUGGUGCGCCGGCAAGCCGAGCGACUAGAGAGGCUUUCAGGUUUGACUCAUGAGAGCCAGCAGUCCCCGAGGCCCUCUAACCCAUGCACACUGUCCAAGAAGAGCCGCCUUCAAACGGAGGAGUUGUUCGAUUUCCCCCUAAAAACCUCCACACCAUGCCAAGUUCGGUUGGAGCCGCUUGUGUUGCCGCUGACGAACGACGCCCUGGUGGGGGCGGUUGGGUCGCCCACCUCAUCACCUCACGGCUCCACUUUGACACGAAGUUCCAGCAGCGAGAGUCUGCGCAGCGUCAGAGGCAAGCCGGGCCUCGUACGUCAGAGGGCUCAGGAGAUUGAGACCCGAAUGCGCUUGGCUGGUCUGACUGUGUCGUCGAGGCUCAAGCGCUCCAACUCGCUGGCAAAGCUGGGCAGCCUCACUUUCUCCUCCGAGGACCUUUGCUCGGCUUGCUCUUCUGAUGCUGGCACAUUGCUUCCCUUCUCGCUGUCGCCAGAGCCAGAUGGUGGGCAGGACUGGGGGUCUCCCUCUACCGUGGCAAGUACCUGCAAGGAACCGCACAGUAGAGAGGGAGCUGGACCUGAGGAUGCCCGAAGUUGACACAUCAUCGCUGCUACUGACCUUCAUGCGCUGAAUGUGGAGAAGAGGAAGAGAAGUCAAACGGACAGACUCACAAAGCCAACUGUCAUCAUGAACUCUCCUUUGCCACAUUGUUUCUCAAACUGCUGUUCACCGUCGUAUUGCUGUAACUGACAAGUGUGUAAAGCCAUCAGCUCACCCUGUGUGCAUCCUGGUUUGAUUCAUGGACAUUAAGUGCCUUAGAGAGGUGAGGCACAGUGUCAUGGAGUGCACAACACAUCGAUAUGGGAAACUUUGGCUUCCCCGCUGUAUGCACUUGGUACGUACUGUAGUCCGCAAAUACUCGUGCGAAACGAUUAACUUGAGCCACUGAACGGAUCUUGAUAUUUACUGCACCAUGUCUUUAAGAAGCUAGUACAUUAAUCCAAGCCUCAUGGCCCUUUUUUCAUCCGGCAGAAGUAUGACGUUAAUUUUACACAUUAAUUUUAAUGUGUGGCACAUUUGAACCAGUGUAUAUGAGAAUGACUGAAGGACAUGAUUUAGGCCAGUUUGUUCUCACUGCAUUUCUACUUGAGGAGGAAAAAAAAAAAAAAACUCUUCAUGACAUGCGUUCUUCCUCAACCUCCCCAUUCUCCUUAUUGGAGAUCAGAGAGACGUCACGUGGCUGGAAAUCAUGAUGCAAAUAUGGAGUGUGACAGGAGUUUUCGCAGUCACAUCAUAUGAUGACUUUCCCCGGGCUCUGUGUCCGACAAGAUGUGAAACACAAUGAGUCUUUGCCGUUUUCAUUCUUCAGUCUUAAAGGUUGCCAACAUUUUUACCUUUUUUUUUUAUUUAACAUGUCAAAGACCAAAGUUGUUUGGCCAUUUCCAUGUUGUACGGGAAAAGCUGUUUGAAUCUGUAUAACAUCAAUCAUUGAAUAUUUUGAAAUGCUGUCACAUCUUUUUGCACAUUUGGGAGGAACGAAGCGACUCAGUGGAGUUGUUGGCUUCUAGCUGUUAUGCUUUUACGCUCAUGUCAUGUAUGAGUUUUAAAGCUACUAUCACACUCGGUUACGGCACUUCCUCGUAACCAUUUACUUUUAUAUUUAAUUAAUGCAGUAACUUUUUUUUACUGUUCAUGUUUGAACGCAUAUUGCACUUUUUUAAGUUGGACAAAAUAUUGUACUGUAUGUGAUAAUUAUGGAAAAUAAACACAU